AUGUCUUCGCCCGAGAAAGUCAUGGCUUCUCUAGCUGGCAAGGUCAACCAACUUCGUGGACUCUACGGUUUCGAGACAGUCAAAUAUUUCACAUCUCCGACUUGCGAAGAUGUUUUUCUAAAUUUGACCAACCAGGAAGGUAGUGAUUGCGGUGUUACCGCAAACAUGGGAUUGAAAGAUGGUUGUUUCGGAAUCAGGGGCUGUCCAGUAUUCAAAAAUCGAGUUGACCUGCUUGGGAGACGGGAAUCGAAAGCUGAUCUGUUUUCUCAAGUCAUCAAAUGGUUUCAGGACAAUAGCGCGAAGCUACCCAUGAGUUAUAAAGAGGAAAAACUUUAUAUUAGUCUAAAGGCGAAGAUUCAAUGCUCGGGAGAUCAAGACCAGAAAUUUGCGGACGAAUAUGAGACUUUCAUGAUCAACGAAGCUAAAAUCCGCGGUCAUCUUGUAUCAAAGGAUCGAGUCGGGGUCGUUGUUUCUGGAACCACAUCAAACUCUGGUCUCCCUAAUGAUAUAGCACAGCUAACACGUCGCUCAAACUUUUUACAGCUCCGUAUCACCGACAACAAUACUGGCCGCGGAAUAAAGAGGGCUAGAGAGGAAGACACGGAUAUGCCUGACGGCGAUGUGGAAGUGCGACGAAAAUUAAGCAAACAAGGAAGAAAGAGAGCAGCAAGAAGAGCGAACAUAUUGGAGAUCGUGGCAGGUUCCCAAGAUCAGUCCACGCAAAGAUCCUCGUGA